AUGGACUCAUUUCGACUUCCGCCGGCUUGUCAAGCGUGUCACGAUGAUACGCUGGCCAUCACCGCGUGCAGGUUCUUCGUCUCAGUUGCGUGCAAACCGGACAUGGAGGAUGCGUUCUUUUCGCGACGUUGGCGACUGUACCGCGUCAAGGACAGUGCACGGGUGUCUCCGAUCCCGCUCGGUCGCUCCUGCAUCAAGUCGCCGGCCCUCGAGUCCCCGGGCGCCGCGUACGCGAGCGUCUGGGAUGAGCGUCCCCGCAAGUACAAGAGCGUUCUGUUCCAAGUGUGCGUCUUCAUCCUCAUGAUGGAGCUGUCGGAGCGUUUGAGCUACUACGGCAUCAACCAGGGGCUCAAGAACUUCAUGCAGAAGAUCGGCUGGAGCCUCGUGUCGGCCAGCGCGCUCAAGAGCACGUGGACGUCCAUCUGCUACAUCACGCCGCUGUUCGGCGCGUACCUGGCUGACGAGAAGUGGGGCCGCUUCCGCACGAUCCUGACCUUCGGCAUCUGGUACUGCAUCGGCGACUUCCUCGUGGCCAUCGCCGCGCACCCGGACAUCAUGACGGAGAAGGCCAUCGUGAACCCCAUCUUCGUCAUCGGCCUCUUCGUGGGCAUCGGCGUCGGCACGGGCGCCAUCAAGUCCAACGUCAUCACGUUCGGCGCGGACCAGUUCGACCCGAACGACCCGAGCGAGGUGCACCAGAAGACCACGUACUUCUCCUACUUCUACUUCUGCAUCAACUUCGGCGCCGCCUUCUCGUACGGCUACCUGUCGGUGCUCUGCGUGGACGGCUCGGCUCAGAUCCCCAAGGAGUACGGCUACUUCGCGACCUAUAUGAUCUGCGCGGGCGUGAUGGUGGUGGCCAUCGUCUUCUUCGUCAUCGGCUCGCCGCGCUACGUGCACAUGCCGCCCAAGGACCGCACCAUCUCGACGUUCCUGCGGUUGCUCAAGCAGAGCGCGCGCGCGUCCCGCAACGGCGCGGUCGUGGUCACUGGCGCGUUGCUGCUGCUGUUCUCGCUGGUCGUGAACAUCGCGUCCGCUUUCAGUGCCGACUCCGGGCGUGCCGGUGAGGCUCUGUCCUACGUUGCUGCGCUCAUGGUGCUGGCCGGAGUGGUGUGCUGGGUGUAUGGCGCCCACGACCAGUCCUUCAUGGACCAGCACAAGGAGAGCCUGGGCGGCGAGUUCAACGACAACCACGUCGAGGGCUACAAGAAGCUCGUGAGCACGCUGCCCUUCGCGGCCUACACCAUCAUCUGGCAGUGCGCGUACGACCAGACGGACGCCAACUUCCAGUCCAUCACGCAGCAGUGCGACCUGCGCCUCGACCGCAGCGACCCGGACAGCUCGCAGAUCCCCGGCGCCAUGCUGGGCGUGUUCGACCCCAUCUUCAUCGUCAUCUGCAUCCCCAUCCUCGACUCGGUCGUGUACCCGCUGUACGAGAAGCGCUUCGGCCGGGCUCCGAGCCACUUCGGCCGCGUGUGCGCCGGCCUCAUCGUCGCCGCCGUCGGCAUCUUCUGGUCGGGCAUCUUCGAGGUCAUUCGCCGCAACGCCGGCGCUCUGCAGGACGCCAACGGAGACCCGAUCCUAGACGGCGGCAGCAGCCAGCCCAUGAACGACAUCUCGUGGGCCGCCGCCAUCCCCAACUACGUUUUCAUCGCGCUGGCCGAGUGCCUCAUCAACGUGACGGCCUACGACGUGUUCUACUCGACCGUGCCGCUCGGCCUCAAGAGCACGUCGCAGAGCGUCAACCUCUUCAUGACGUCCGUGGGUAGCGUCAUGACGUCGGUCUUCACGGUCAUGUUCUCGCCCUACCUGCCGUCCGACGACCUGAACGACGGCAACCUCGAGUACAUGUUCUUCACGGUGGGCGCCGUCAGCGUCGUCAACUUCUUCGCCUUCUACUUCACCAUGAAGAAGAUGAACUUCAGCAUGUCGAGCAGUACCAACGGCGAUGACGACGAGUUCGACCUCCAGGGCAAGGAGUCGGUCGCCUCGCGCCACAGCAUCGCCGCUUCCAAGUAA